AUGCAUUCAGCUUCUGGAGCUAUAUCUGGUCUGGACCUCAAACUCCUGCAUCACUACAAAACCUUUGCAUGGCAGACACUUACCGUGCGCGAUGAUCCCGUCGUUGUGUCUCUACACAGGGACUCUGUUCCUCAACUCUCUCUUUCGCAACCUCACCUGCUCUACGCGCUUCUUAGCGUUGCAUCGUCCCACAGUAACGCUCUCGCGCCAUGCAAACAAGUCGAAAAUCAAGCACUGCUAUACCGUCAGCGGACCUUUGCCGAGUACAGCAAGGUGUUACAGAACAUCACUGUUGACAAUUACGAAUCUGUACUCAUAACGGGCAUGCUCUUACUGAGCCUGAUCCCGCCUCCGGAGGAAAUCAUACAAGACGACGACGCAUACCUCACUUGGAUGGACAGCUUUCUCAAGAUGAGCGAGGGCCUCCGUAUACUCGCCUCUCUACGUUGGGCAGCCGGUAUCGAGAAGCUCUCUGUUUACCCCUUGAUCUGCAGAGAGCUACGGACGUUACCACCGCCACCAAACCUCUACAACAGCGACGAUCGUUUCCUGCAUACUCGCGUUGGCGCAGUAGGCACGACACCGGAUCACCCCAACCCGCCGUCAACAUACUACAUGGAGCAGUCUGAAGCAUCGCCGGUGUUUCUUCCACCACCGUUGAUGGACCUGUUGGCUUCACUCAGCAAUGCAGAGUCCAGUUCGGGCCUGAUUGAUCUGCAUGGCAAUACGCUCUAUCCUGUUUUGCAUGCAUUGAGUCCAAUCUUUCUGAGUUUGUACUACCACCACCUGAAUCCCGACUUCUUCGUCCGCAUUUUUGUGUUCUGCUCCUUUCUCAUGCCAGAUUUCUUGGCGCUUGUUAAGAGCCGUGAGCCGAGAGCGCUCGUCUUGGUUGCGUGGUGGUUUGCGCUCGCGGGACUGGCACCGAGGGGUUGGUGGCUUGGUAGAUCGGUGGUGGGGGUCGUGGAAGCAGUCAGGAGGAUCGUCACAGAGAAAGGCGAUCAAGUUACCCGGAGAGCAUUUGAGGGCGUCGAGAGUAUCGUUCGUAUACUGGAACGUCAAGGCAGCGAAGCAGCCGCGAAAAGUGUAUUCGAAGAAUGGGCUGGUGUGGACUGGGAUGAAGGACCCAGGAAAGCAGGUGAAUGGGAUGCGGGGCUUAUAGAUGACUUACUCUCAUGUGGCGUAGACAGUACUCUAGAGUCGAUCUAA